AUGGAGUGUAAAACGUUUGAGAUCAAACUUAUAUCAGCUACUAAUUUGAGUGACGUACGUGAGAAAUUUAAGAUGAAGGUUUAUGCGGAGGUUACUAUUGCAGGCAAUGCAAAAACAAGGAAACGAACUCUGAUAGAUAAGGCAGGCGAGACCAAUCCUACUUGGAACGUCACGAUGCAAUACAUGAUCGGUGAGUUGGCUGUGCAAAACGAAGGGAUUGAGGAGGUGAUCACCUUAUAUUGCAAGCGAAAGCUAGGGGAUCGAUAUAUAGGAGAGGUGCGUAUACCCAUUAAACAACUCUAUGAGCAGCAUGCAAAUGCCAAUGGAGGAAGCGCUAAUAUAUUGACACAUCAAGUGCAAAGUAGUAUUGGAAUUUCUCAGGGAGAGCUGAAAUUUUCAUUUGGUUUUGGAGAGACAGUUACCAUCGAACGACCCUCAAGGAGGAAGAAAAUGUUGACGGCUGGAGCAGUGCUUUUACUAAACUUGACGAUUUCAACAGUCCUUGGCCAAGUUAUUGAAAUACCAUUGUUUAUGGAUGCUGGUAGAGGUGUUGAUUUUAUGAUAGAACAGAUGAUUGAGAAGGCGCUCCCUGUACCAGAGUUUGUGUGUUAG